AUGGCGUUACCUGCACUCCCCCGCCUUGCCGACCGGCUCACCGUGGUUUCCGUCAAAUCCAAAACCGCCCUUCCCGAUACCACCGUCGCCGUGCCCCGGAUCCAGCUGGGCCUCUACAAGAUGAGCGGCAAAGAGGCCCGCGAGUUAGUGAAAGAGGCCCUGGCCGUGGGCUACCGCGGCUUCGACUGCGCGCAGAUGUACUACAACGAGCGCGAGGCCGGCCUGGCCAUCAAGAACUUCCUCGCCGGGCCGCAGAACACCCAGGGCCUGCGCCGCGAGGACAUCUUCUACACCUCCAAGCUCGCCGAGAACGAGACCUCGUACGACGCCGUCAAGCGCUCCAUCGCCCAGUCAGUCGAGGCCUGCGGCCUGGACUACAUCGACCUGUUCCUGCUGCACAGUCCCUACGGCGGCAAGAAGGCCCGCUUGGCCAGCUGGAAGGCCUUGGAGGAUGCGGUGCUGGAGGGGAAGGUGAGGGCGGCGGGUGUUAGCAACUAUGGCGUUGCUCAUAUCGAAGAGCUCAUGAAAGCAGUCGAGGCGUCUGACUCCGGAGUAAAGCCUGUCCUCAACCAGAUUGAAGUCCACCCUUUCAAUACCCAGACCGGGAUCCGCGAUACUUGCAAGAAGCAUGGCAUUGAGAUUGAGGCGUAUGCUCCUCUUGUGGCGGGGAUGCGUAUGGGACAUCCCAAAAUCGUCUCGUUGGCAAAGAAGUAUGAGUGUUCUCCAGCACAGCUCCUCGUUGGAUGGAGCUUGGAGCACGGGAUGGUGACGCUUCCGAAAACCUCUCGGCCCCAACGCCUGAUUGAGAAUGCCGACGUGGGUUCUUUGAAGAUCUCGGAGGAGGAUAUGAACGAGUUGGAUGCACUCGACGAGAGACUAGUCACAGACUGGGAUCCUACUGAGUGCAGGUAA